UCUUAGCCCUGCACAUGCGCACAUCAGACAACGGGCUGGUCCUUUUCUCGCUUCGUGUGGACUGAUUAGCACCGUGUGAUCAAUCAGUAUGCAGCUCUUUGUACGUGCACAGAACCUGCACACCCUUGAGGUGACAGGACGCGAGACUGUCCAGGAUAUCAAGGCUCAUGUCGAGACUCUAGAGGGUCUAUGUGCGGAGGACCAGGUGCUCCUCCUGUCUGGUACCCCUCUUGAAGAUGCCGCUACCCUUGUGAGCUGUGGGAUUUCAGAGCACUGCACUCUGGAGGUUGUUGGCAGGCUUCUGGGAGGUAAGGUCCACGGUUCUCUGGCUCGUGCUGGAAAAGUACGAGGACAGACACCCAAGGUGGACAAGCAGGAGAAGAAGAAAAAGAAAACGGGCCGUGCUAAGCGCCGUAUCCAGUACAACCGUCGCUUUGUGAACGUGGUGCCCACCUUUGGAAAGAAGAAGGGUCCUAAUGCCAACUCUUAAAUAAUUUUCUGUAAUGUGUUCCUAAUAAAGUUGCACACAGCUGUGUACUCGAA